GGCGCUGGCGCGAUGGCGGCCCAGGACAGCGGCGACGAGGUGCGGGUGCUGCAGAGCCUCCGGGGCAAGAUUUAUGAUGCCAAACAUUUGAUACCCAACAAGAUGAGAGACUUUUUCUGUACCAUAAAUUUGGACCAAGAAGAAGUUUUUCGUACACAAGUAGUUGAAAAAUCUUUAAGCCCUUAUUUUGGAGAAGAGUUUUACUUUGAGAUUCCAAGAACAUUCCAGUGGUUGUCCUUCUACAUUUAUGAUAAAAGUGUUCUACAAAAAGACCUGCGGAUAGGAAAGGUGGCAAUCAAAAAAGAAGAUCUAUGCAACUACACAGGGAAAGAGAACUGGUUUACGCUUCAACCUGUUGAUUCCAACUCAGAGGUUCAGGGAAAAGUUCACCUUGAAUUAAAACUGAAUGAACUGAUAACAGAUAAUGGAUCUGUGUGCCAGCAACUGGUAGUACAUAUAAAGGAGUGCCAUGGGUUGCCUCUUAUAAACGGACAGAAUUGUGACCCUUAUGCAACUGUCUCUCUUGUGGGUCCUUCCAGGAGUGACCAAAAGAAGACGAAAGUGAAGAAGAAAACAAGCAAUCCGCAGUUUAACGAAACGUUUUAUUUUGAGGUAACGAGGUCCAGCAGUUAUACCAAAAAGUCCCAGUUUCAAGUGGAAGAAGAAGAUAUUGAGAAACUGGAAGUCAGGGUGGACCUAUGGAACAAUGGAAAUUUGGUACAAGAUAUCUUCCUAGGAGAAAUUAAAGUUCCUGUGAAGGUGUUAAGAAAUGAUUCCUUUCAAGCAUGGUACUUACUUCAACCAAGAGAAAAUGGUAACAAGUCUUCUAAAACUGAUGAUUUGGGAUCACUUAGAUUAAAUAUUUGUUAUACUGAAGACUGCGUACUUCCGUCUGAAUACUACGCUUCUCUAAGAAACUUGCUGCUAAAAUCAUCAGAUGUUCAGCCAAUUUCUGCAUCUGCUGCCUAUAUACUAUGUGAAGUUUGUCGAGACAAGUAUGAUGCUGUUCUGCCUCUUGUACGCUUGCUACUACACCACCAUAAGCUAGUUCCAUUUGUUGCUGCAGUGGCAGAACUAGAUCUGAAGGACACUCAAGAAGCAAACACAAUCUUCAGAGGGAACUCAUUAGCAACUCGCUGUGUAGAUGAAAUGAUGAAAAUAGUGGGAAAACACUACCUAAAGGUUACUUUGAAACCAGUUAUUGAUGAGAUAUGUGAGUCCCCUAAACCCUGUGAAAUAGAUCCCAUCAAAUUAAGAGAAGGUGAUAAUGUAGAAGCUAAUAUGGAAAAUCUACGCUAUUAUGUAGACAAAGUAUUCCGUGAAAUUGUGCGGUCAAGUAUAAGUUGCCCUACCCUAAUGUGUGAUGUUUUUUAUUCUUUGAGGCAUCUGGCUGCUAAGAGAUUUCCAAAUGACCCUCAUGUACAGUAUUCUGCAGUGAGCAGCUUUGUGUUCCUUCGUUUCUUUGCUGUAGCCGUAGUCUCACCUCAUACUUUUCAUUUACGACCUCACCAUCCAGAUGUGCAGACUUCUAGAACAUUAACUCUCAUAUCAAAAGCCAUCCAGACUUUGGGGAGUUGGGGAAGUUUGACCAAAAGUAAACUUUCAAGUUUCAAGGAGACGUUCAUGUGCGAGUUUUUUAAAACAUUUCAGGAAGAGAAAUUCACUGAAUCUGUCAAAAAGUUCCUAGAUGAUGUUUCCUCUACUGAAAGUAAAGAACCGAGUGGUCUGAGUGAGCCCAUACAUCUGAAAGAAGGAGAAAUGUACAAAAGAGCUCAGGGAAGGACUCGGAUUGGUAAAAAGAACUUCAAGAAGCGGUGGUUCUGUCUGACAAGUAGAGAAUUCACCUACCACAAACAGCAAGAUAAGGAACCGAUUUUCACUAUUCCAAUCAAAAACAUUCUUGCAGUGGAGAAGCUUGAUGAGAGCUCCUUCAACAAGAAAAAUAUGUUUCAAGUACUACAUGGAGAAAAGCCACUCUAUAUCCAAGCAAAUAACUGUGUAGAAGCUAGUGAGUGGAUAGAAGCUCUCUGUCGAGUAACAAGAUGCAACCAGAAGAGACUUAGUUUUUACCACCCUUCGGCUUUUUUGAAUGGCAACUGGCUUUGCUGCAAGGCUACAGUAGAGAACACAGUGGGCUGCGCUCGUUGCACUGCAGAUGUUCCUGCUGAUACUCAAAUUGAGAUUGAUGGAGACAGAGAGACAGAAAGAAUUUACUCACUUUUCACCAUCAACAUGUCUAAACUUCAGAAGCUGGAAGAGGCUUGUGGAAGCAUAGCUGUCUAUCAGGGGCCUCGGAAAGAACCAGAUGACUACUCUAACUUCACAAUUGAAGAUUCUGUGGCAACUUUUCAUACGCUUAAACAGAUAAUAGAUACAGUAGAAAAGCUGAAUGAAUCGCAUGAAAAAUACCAGAAGAAGAGAUCGUCCAGUGCUGAAUAUGGUAGUGAAAAAAAUCCAAUUGGAAAGGUUUCCUAACCAAAACCAACUAUGGCAGACUUGGAAAAAAAGAAACUGGAAACAUUCUCAAGUGUUCUGUUCUUUUGUUUUGUUUCAUUUUGUAGUUCAUCAUGUGCAUUUUCACAAAGUAUUUAAAAAUGAAAUAGAUGCUAGUUGUGUUGACAAUCUAUUUAAUAUUUAAUAGAAAGCUAGCUACUUGGAAAUCUGGUCUUUUAAAGUUUAUUCUCAUUUUGCUGAAGAACUUAAAGUUCCAGGUUCUGAAAGUAACAAAUGUGAAUAAAUCUAAGAGUUGUUUGCUGUUUCAGGACAGAAUUUUCUAAACAAAUAAGCUUUUUAAUGGAAGAAAAUCAAUGUGACGUUUGGUUGUAUUGCAUCUCUUAAUGCAUGUACUGCAAACUUGUAAGAGUUUACCAUGAGUGCCUGCCCUGCUGAUAACAAUCUUGAAAUAGAAAUCCCAACAUACUCUGUCAUAGGGAUCUGAAGUUUCACACUCAACUCAUUUGACUUUUUUUUUUUUUUUCUUAUAUUAGGUGUUGUCAGAACUUGGUCUAACUAAAGCAGUAUGUUGCAGACAGCAGACACCAGAGUUUAGGUUUUGUUGUUUUUUAAGUACUAAAGAAGAAGAAAUCAGGGAACUUUUAUUAUGCCUCCUGUUUACAUUUGGAGUGAGUAGUAUAUGGAGUGACGUGAGACCACUAUCAAUUUCCUCUGAGGUACUUUUUUAAGGUACAUUUUUUUUCUUAAUCUGAAAACAAAUGCAGGGUAGCAGUGUUCUUCAUAAAUAAGUUUGCCUAUGGAUAAAACAAACAAACUCAAAUGUGAACUGAUUAUGGUUAAGUACCAAUCAAUCUACAUCAUUCCGCUUAUGGUUUUUUGAUUAAAAAAUAUAAUAGCUAGGUUCAGUUCAUCAUUUGACUACAAAUCUAAUAAAUAAUCUCUAUUAUAAUCACUCAAAGCACUUUAGAUAUCUGGACUAUCCCAGAUUAUUUUUAGAUACUUUGUAGUAUCUGCUUGUUAUGAUCAGUUCAAUGAUCAACAUUGUUUUUCUUUAAACAAUGCUUCAGUGAAUAUUUUUAUAUCUUUAGUUAUAUGAAUUCUUAUUUGCCAAUUAACACAAUUUUUAAACUGUCAUUCUUGACUCUACUAAGAUUAAUUUUUGCUCAUUUCAUCUGAGAAGUUAGGUUUCUGCUGAAAGAACUUAUGUAUAUAACCAGGAAGAAGCAAAGAUGGCAACUUUGCUUCAUCAGUAUUAAAUAUAAUGGUACUCCUUGGAAUACUAUUUUUAACAAUAACUGUAUGUGGUACUUUUUAUUUUUGGAGCAUUUGCUGUGGGAUCUUCUGUUGUUUAUUUGUUGGUGUGUUUUGUUUUACAAUCAUGAUUUUGGCCAAAUUAAUUGGAAAUGUGACAUACAAAUAGAGUAGAAGUCCACAAUGCUUGAAAACUGUAAGCUGUUUCAAUUACUAUACGUUUGUAACACUGUUGUAGGGAGGUUUUCUGUAAUAGAAGCACACUGGCAAGACAAGAUUGAAUUAUUUUUUUUUAAUGAAUGUAACUUGUUAAAAUAACUAUUCGUUUUAACCAUACAAACCACAAUAGAAUGUCUGGGAAUCAGUACUGGUAUCUGCAAAGCCACAAUCAUUCAGUCACCUCCACUGUUUUUGCCUUUACUUAAACAAUUUUGAUGUAUUUUCGUUUGCCAACGGUUGAAAUUGGAGUGGUGGGAAUCAUACUAAUGCCAAGAAAUGUGUUUUGCCAAGGUAAAUUGGGUCUAUGUAAUUGCCAUUAAAGUUGCCAUUAAACAAAAAUUUAAGUGCUUUCAUCUGUCAAAGUUAGUUUGUGCUGUACGUUGAUUAACACUGUGGCAAAGCAUGUCUUCCUUGGGGCCAUUUUUUAAAGGUUUCAUAAUCCAAAUUAUGGAAAAACACUUUGAACUUUAAAAAAAAAAAUGUUAAUAAUGAAGACAAUGCACUUUUUUCUUUGAUGGUACUGGAAAAAGAGCAAAGGCCGCUGAAUUGUGAUCAGUAGGAUUUAAUUUCUCAUUUUUAUAAUGUUUCAAAACACAGUAGAUGUUCUAGAAUUUAAUUAGGUACAAGUAGGAUGAUUAAUAAUUAAAGUUGCCUUCAUUUUGAUUAGUCUAGAAACAUGAUGUUAUUCAGUAAUUAGUUCUGUUGGGAUUGUAAAUUAUCAUUAGUUUCAAUUUGUAUUAUGCUGAUGUAUUGUUGAAUGUAUUUUUAUUUAAAUUUUAUUUUCUUAUCAAGACAUUAAAAUGUUUUGUAACAUUGCUUGAGAAUAACUCAUAAAUAAAUUUCAACAAACUCGA